AUGGGGGCAAACAUUCGAAUCACUUGGGGUCGAGAGAUCUGCUGGGAUGUGGAGGCUGAUCACCACCCCUCCAGAGUCCUCCAGGGUCCUCCAGACCCUUCCAGAGCCCUCCAGACCUCUCCAGACCCCCCUCAGAUCCCUCCAGAGCCCUCCAGAGUCUCCCAGAGUCCUCCAGAGCCCCCAGAGCCCUCCAGCCCACCAGACUCCACCAGACCCUCCAGAGCCCACUUGACCCUCCAGAGCACCCCAGAGCCCUCCAGACCUCCCACAGAGCCCACCAGACCCUCCAGAGCCCACCAGACCCUCCAGAGCCCACCAGACCCUCCAGAGCCCACCAGACUCCAGAGCACCCCAGAGCCCUCCAGACCCUCCAGAGCCCACCGAGCCCACCAGACCUCCAGAGCACCCCAGAGCCCUCCAGACCCUCCAGAGCCCACCAGAGCCCACCAGACCUCCAGAGCCCCAGAGCCUCCAGACCCCACAGAGCCCACCAGGACCCCUCCAGAGAGCCCACCAGACCCUCCAGAGCCCACCAGACCCCUCCAGAGCCCACCAGACCCUCCAGACCCCACCAGACCUCCGGAGCACCCCAGAGCCCCCACACGGACACCAGUAUUCAUCUAA